CUACCACAUCUCAUAAAUAUGCCACCCACAGACCUCGUAGAAGUCGACUCUCUCGAAGCCCUAGUCAUCAUCGACAAUGAACUCGACCCCCUCUCUCCAGCCGCUCCCCCACCUCCAGAUACGGUCCAAUUAACCGGCCACAUGGGGACACUGGCUGUCAACUCCCCGCACCACGUCGACAACCGCGGCGAGUGUCAUAAGGAGGUGCAGAUGGAGGAUAUCUGCUGCUCGGCGCAUGGGCUGUCCCUUCUUGUGACAGCCACGAAAGGCGAUAAGAAACAUUCGGUUCUUUUCGAUGCUGGUCCGGAGGGGGAUGCGUGGGAGAGAAAUGUUAAGCGGUUGAGGCCGGAUCUGUCUUGCGUGGAGGUUGUUCAGUUGUCGCACUGGCAUCGGGAUCAUUCAGGCGGCCUUCCCAGAGCUAUCCAGAUGAUCAAAGACGCCAAAAAAGCCAAAGGUCAAACAGACAAGGUCGUCGUGGACCUCCAGCCAGACCGUCCAGACUAUCGAGGCGGUCGAAUCGGCGAGACCAUCUUUUCAUUCCAAGCCGAUCCAACAUUCGAGGAACUCGAGGCGGCAGGCGGCAAGGUAGAGAAGCACGCCGAUGCACACACCGUGCUGGACGACUUCUUCCUGAUCUCAGGCAAGAUCCCGCGUCGCACGCCGUACGAGAACGGUCUGAGAUCAGGCAUGCGGUUCGAUCGGGAGGAGAACGAAUGGGUGUCUGAUGAGCUUAUUGCGGAUGAGAGGUUUCUGAUGUGCAAUCUCAAAGACAAAGGAGUCGUUAUGUUCACGGCGUGCAGCCACGCAGGCGUGGUCAAUUGCGCGCAGCACUCCCUGGAAUUCGUCGACAAGGCCGUGCCUCUCCACGCCGUCGUCGGCGGGUUCCACCUUGCUACAGGCGAUGCCAGCUUGCUCGACAGUACGGUCAGAGACCUCAAGCGGUUGGACCCGGCCGUGCUCCUGCCUGGGCACUGCUCAGGAUGGCGAGCCAAGUUUGAGAUCGAGAAAAAGAUGCCCGGCACACUUGUUCCUUGUUCGGUGGGCAUCAAAAUUGCAUUCUAAUGCCUCUGUCACAUGGCGAAUAUUUUCGUCCGUACUGGCUCGGCCAUCGUGAAAGAGCGGGAGCCUGAACGUUAGUUCGUAUCAGAUCAAGCUGUGAUCGUUCGGCUGUCUCGUUGUGGUCGUCAUUCAAGCCGCAUGUCUAGCUCGUGUUGAAGCUCACCGAGUCGAGGCUCGAGGCCUCGAGCAUGUGAGAUGGUCCAUGUGAUAUCGGGGAGUGUUUCAUAUUUAUUAAGGAUCGCUGCAGCGAUGUCUCACGAUCGUUGUCGGAACGGCUAUGGCGAUCGAUCUGCUAGUAUAUCCGAGGCAGUGUUUGUUGCAUGAGCUCGAUUGCAUGGCUUUGGAUGAUUUCAUGCAUUUUUUGGGAGUAUUAUCUGCAGUUGCAUGAGAAUGUCGCUUGUUAU